AGUGAAGACCAUAAUGGGUGGCGAAAAACUUCCCGCUGUGAUUCUGGCGGUGGUGUAUCUUAUGGUGCUCGGCGUGGAUGCCAAAAAGUGCUUUGGACUCCGCAACGGCGGCAUUUUGGACUACACUGGAAUGUCCACGAAGACACCGUACGCAUUUCUUAUGACCACAGACCAAAACAAGGUCAAAGCAGACCCGCCCGGGUGCACUCCUUUGACGUUCAUGAUGCUCGGCAGGCAUGGAACCCGGUACCCGAGCAACGAAGACGUUCUCGUCGCCACCAAACUACUGCCAGUACUCAUAAACGCGACUCUCACGGCUCACGAAAAGUCCAACCGAGGUACGCUGACACCGGAUGUGUUGCGAGAUUUCCGCCAAUGGCGCCUUCCGUUCCCGAUGGGCGCCGACGACCAAAUUCACCCAAUUGGCAUCGAAGAAUGGCACAUCCUUGCAGAAACCUACCGAACACGGUUCUCCUCAUUUCUCAACAAAAACUUGGAAAACACGGAUAUCAAGUUCAUUUCAUCGUACAAGAACAGAACAAUCGCCAGUGCAGAGGCAUUUGCAGAUGGACUAUUCGGUGACAAUGGCCACGUCAUUUCCAUUGAAGACAAAACGAAGAUAUUGCGGUUUUAUAAAUACUGCCAAAGGUGGAAGGAGGAGAUAGACGAGAAUCCAGAAACCUCGUUGUUCGAGGCGCGGAACUUCGAGAAAUCGUGUCCUUUCCAGGACAUGCUGGACAGAGUCACUGCAAAGCUUGGACUCGACAGGCGACUUUCCCCACUCGACAUCGAAAUAAUCUACGGAGAAUGUCAGAUGGAAACAGCGCACUGCCCAUGCUGCAAAAGUUUCUAUCCGUCGACGGCGUCUGAACAGAUCAUGCUGGACGAGAUGAAUGGCUUCCACCAUUUGGAUUCGGAAACUUGUCGUACGUGUGCAAUGCCUUCGCCCUGGUGCAAGAUUUUCUCCGAAGACGACUUAAAAGUUUUAGAAUUCUGGGAUGACCUGAAAAAGUACUGGCAAGACGGAUACGGACACAGUUUGAACUACGAACAGUCUUGCCUUCUCAUCAAGGAGCUCGUGGACCAAUUCACGUAA